AGGGAGGCUUCGCGCUCUUUGUCCAGCUGCUGCCCAUCGUCAUCCUAGUGGUUGUGUCAGCUCUCAGUCAGAUGAUGGUCUCCGCCGCCCCCUACAGCCUCAGCUUCAGGCCGUCUAUUGGACACACCCACAAGAGGUACACGGAGACCUUGAGGGUGCCGUACUAUGUGGGAGACCACUUCUCCAGGGAGUACAACGGACUGAAUCUGAAGACUGUGGAGAGGAGUGUGGAGGAUGACUACAUCUCCAACCUCAGAAACAACUGCUGGAAGGAGAAACAACAGAGUACGUUCACGUUGUAGUGUGAGAAUAACAUG